CAUUAGUUCCGGCUUGUUCCGGUCGAACCUUUAUUGGAGACGGACGAUGCGUUGAAGCUGCUAACCCGCUGAAUUUGAGGCGAAUAUGGAGCAGCAGCCAGUAAAAGUCUUGGCAUGUGGGGAUGUUGAAGGCAGAUUGAAUGGUCUCUUCAGUCGAGUUCAGUCCAUCCAGAAGAAAUCUGGACAGUUUGAUCUGCUGCUGUGUGUGGGAGAGUUUUUUGGAACAACACCUGAAGCUGAAGCAGAAUGGCAACAAUACAAAACUGGAGCCAAGAAAGCGCCCAUCCACACUUACAUUUUAGGUGCAGCGAGUCAGGAGACGGUGAAGAACUUCCCCAGCUCUGACGGCUGCGAGCUGGCUGAAAACAUCACAUAUCUGGGUCGGCGAGGCGUGUUUACGGGGGCGUCUGGUCUGCAGAUCGCCUACGUCAGCGGGCGGGAGACCCUGCAGGAGCUGGCCCCGGCUCACUGCUUCACGUCCAAAGACCUCUCGGCCCUCGUCACGUCGCUGACCGGCAGCUCCAAGUUCAGAGGAGUCGACAUCCUGCUGACGUCGCAGUGGCCCCGAGGCGUGUGGCACUACGGAAACACGCCGGAAGUGAACACAAAGUCGUGUGGGAGCAGCUCCAUCGCCAGCCUUGCCGACAAACUGAAGCCGCGCUACCACUUCGCAGCACUAGAGGGCGCUCAUUACGAACGGCUGCCUUACAGGAAUCACGUGGUUCUGCAGGAGAACGCUCAGCACGUCAGCCGCUUCAUCGCUCUGGCUCCGUUCAACAACCCCGCCAAGAAGAAGUAUCUGUAUGCCUUCAACAUCAUCCCCAUGAGGAGCAUGGAGCCGGCCGAGCUGCUCAAACAGCCGCAGGACGUGACGGAGAACCCCUACAGACGGCCGACAAAAGACACGGCUGACGCUCGAAACCCGGCUUUCAGCAGCGCAGAGGACCAGGAGCCGGCCCACCAGUUCUUCUUCGACCUGGGCGGGAAACAGGGCGGAGCCUCUCAGGGCCACGGCAGGAAGAGACACUCGGACRGAGAUGGGCGGAGUCGAGACUGGCAGCCCAAACAGCCCCGGCGCCACCCUCAGCCCAGCGGGCCCUGCUGGUUCUGUCUGGCCUCUCCUCAGGUGGAGAAACACCUGGUGUUCAGUAUAGGAACUCACUGUUACCUGGCGCUGGCUAAAGGUCCGCUGAUCCCCCGCCACGUCCUCAUCCUGCCCAUCGGCCACUACCAGUCCGUGGUGGAGCUGAGCUCCGAGGUGCUGCAGGAGAUGGAGAAGUACAAGUCGGCCCUGAGGAGCUUCUACAGCAGCCGGGGCGAGCGCUGCGUCCUGUUCGAGAGGAACUACAGGAGCCAGCACCUCCAGCUGCAGGUGGUGCCCGUCCCCCUGGACUGCUGCGCCACAGACGACCUGAAGGAGGCGUUCACGGUGCAGGCCCAGGAGCAGAACAUGGAGCUGAUGGAGAUUCCUCAACACACCGACCUCAAACAGAUCGCUCCUCCUGGAACUCCCUACUUCUACGUGGAGCUGGAUUCCAGAGUGAAGCUCUACCACAGGAUCCAGAAACACUUCCCUCUGCAGUUUGGCAGGGAGGUUCUGGCCAGCGAGGCGGUGCUGAACGUCCCGACCCGAGCCGACUGGAGGGAGUGUAAACAGAGCCGAGAGGAAGAAGAGGAGAGCUGCAAACAGCUGAGAGACGAGUUCCAGCCAUUUGACUUCGCCUGGGACGACUGACACACACACACACACACACACACUGACACACACACACACACUUAUUGGUUCUUUUUGUACAUUUUUAGACACUAAAAACCAAAGUUGGUUGAAAUGUGAAGAUUUUAUUUAGUGAAUAAACUUGUUUUACAACAACUUUUAA